AUGCCUCUCCCAACAUCCCGCUCCGCCAUAAUCCGCAUCGCCAAUGGCACUUUCUACCGCCACCAUCCCAAUUCCUUGACCUCGCAUCCAAACCCGCCGCUCUUCCGCGACCUGACCUUCGAGCUUCCCUCCUGGUCCGCGACACCCCAUAACUGGUGCGUUGUUGGCCCGUCUCUGUCUGGAAAGACGACAUUCCUGCAGGCUCUGAGAGGCCGGCUGCUCUGCGACCCGCCGACCGCAAGGUCGUACCCAUAUCUCUCAUCAGAUGCCGUCACGACACGAUUAAAGAGCCCCAAUAGAGCUGUGCAAUAUGUGGGAUUCGACGCAGAGCAGAGCAUGGGGGCCGGCUCCUCGGCCACCACCUCGGCCUAUCUGUCCGCGCGGUAUGAGUCGAGGCGAGAGAUUACGGAUUGGUCCCUCCAGGACUUCCUUCUCGGCAACACGGAGCUGAACCCGCUGCCCAAGCUCCCCGGGGAGGAGGACGGCGACGUCUCGCCCGAGUUCUUCGACCGUGUCGUGAAGGACUUGCGGCUGUCGCAUCUCCUCACCCUCCCCGUCACCUUUCUCAGCAAUGGGCAGGGACGACGGGCGCGGAUCGCGAGGGCGCUUUUGCGGAAGCCAGAGGUCUUGCUCCUCGACGAGCCUUUCAUGGGCCUGGAUCCGCCCACUGUUACUGGGCUGAGUCCUUUGUUGGAAUCGCUUGCUGAGAAGGCAAGCCCGCGGCUGGUGCUCAGCGCCCGCCCCCAGGACCCUCUGCCUGACUGGGUCACGCAUCUCAUCUACUUGCGGACGGACAGCCAGGUGGCGUCCAUGGGGCCCAGGGAUGUCGUUCUCGACGGUCUCAGGAAGUACGUCCGGGGCGUUGAGAACGGCACGGUCAGCGAAGAUUCGACCCUCCCGUUGAAAACACUGGAGGACAUUGGUCGGACGAUCCCCUCCCCGGCCUCGACGACAUCCCAUGAUGAGGAUCCCCAGGGGCCCAUUCACAAACUCACUCCUGUGAACCCCAGCGCCGAACCCGUGGUGGAGAUGAACGGGUGCAGGGUCCGCUACGGCGACAAGAUUGCGCUGGGCAACUGGACGCGCAGCACGGAUGGUGGGGAGGAGGAUGGGCUGUACUGGACCGUCCGUCGUGGCGAGCGCUGGGGAGUAUUCGGCCCCAACGGCUCCGGGAAGACGACGAUCGUCUCGCUCCUCUGCUCGGAUCACCCGCAGGCCUACUCCCUGCCUCUCCGGUUGUUUGGGCGAAGCCGCCUUCCUGAGGUGGGCUCCGGAGAGCUGCCGCUGACGCUCUGGGAUAUCCAGGCCCGCAUCGGACACUCCAGCCCAGAGGUGCAUCAACACAUACCCCGUAGUCUGACCAUCCGGAAAGUGAUUGAGAACGCAUGGGCCAACACACUUCAGUCGAUUCCACGCCUCGACGCCGAGGCUAAGAAGAAGGUGGAUGCGGCGUUGAGAUGGUUCACCCCGGAACUCAAGCCGAACCAGGAGUCGGCAACUACCCAAGAUGGGGAUCUCUCAUGGGCGGACGAUUACAUGUUUGGGGAGAUCUCGUUCAGUGCUCAGCGCGUGGCCUUGUUUAUUCGGGCAAUGAUCAAAGGCACUGACAUUGUUGUGCUGGACGAGGCAUUCAGCGGCAUGGACGACGGUGUCCGAGACAAAUGCGUGCUGUUCCUCAGUGACGGAGAGUCGAAGACCUACCGUGGUGGUAAAAUCGUAGAAAGCGAAGCCGCCAAAGCCGGGACUGUCUCGAUCCCAGGGUUGUCAGAUCAGCAGGCUCUGAUAUGCAUUGCCCACAUCAAGGAGGAGGUCCCUGAUUGCGUGAGAGAGUGGAUGUGCUUGCCCGAAGCCAACACGGGGCACGCAGCCAGGUUUGGGCGUCUGGCCGGCCCUGUUCGGGAAGAUGAAAAGAGAUGGAGCGACAUCUGGGGUUUUGAUACCGUUUAA